UUCAUUUCAUACUGCACCCUUAGGCUCUGCCGUCCACUCCUUAGGAUCUCAUCUCUCUUGCACUCCUUCUCCGGCUUCCGAAUCGCUCCCGGUCGAUACGACUUCAUUCCUGCUCCCCGGCUAGCAGCUUCUUUCCUUGACAGCUUCUCACGUGCGCCUGGACGGUGAUUUCGAGCCUCGAGGACUCACGCGGAACCCUACGCUCCUUUGGCAUUGAUCCCGCCGCGAGCUUCACCAAGCUCCUUCUCUAUUCGCAUACCCACUAUUGCUUGGACCCAUUCCUUCACGACCCUUUACGACGAUAUAGACAGGCGACCAGCUCGGCCGAUCCCUUCACGUAUCCGACCCUUUCUCAGACGCGAUAGGCAUCCAAGAUGCAGGCGACCGAGGACGGUAACCCGGCCCCGACGCCCUCACCUGCCGCUUCCGCCGUCACCCCAACACACAGCUCAGCCCCGCGACGACCGCCGCGGAAGAGCACCCUCACCCAGCAGCAGAAGAAUCAGAAGCGACAGAGGGCCACUCAGGAUCAAUUGGUGACUUUGGAGCUGGAAUUCAACAAAAACCCCACCCCAACGGCUGCCGUGCGGGAGAGGAUAGCAUCGGAGAUUAACAUGACCGAACGCUCGGUGCAGAUAUGGUUCCAAAACAGACGCGCCAAAAUAAAGAACAUUGCUAAGAAGAGCAUCGAAAACGGGGAUGAUUGCAACGAUAUCCCGGAGUCAAUGCGACGGUACCUCGCUCUUCAGGCCAUGGAGUCAGGCAAGUCGAUAGGAACGAGCUUUCUUGGCCGCGCUGGUGGGUCAAUGGCCGCAUACGGUAGCGGCAUGCUCCUCAACACGGACACUAGCAACUCCAAAGUCGUCAUCCACCACUUCGCAUGCCGUUCGCUGAGCAUUGGCAGCUGGCGACGCGUUGGCCAGAGCGCGAUGGACCUCGUCAUAUUCUACUCGCCUGAGAAGUGCUGCGUGACCUACUACAUCAACAAUGAUUCAGCAGGAUACAAGAUCGAGUACCCCUUCUCGUACAUUAAGAACAUCACCUUGGAAAAUGGCGACAUGAAUGGUAACGCUGAGGGAGCCUCGCAGCGCCCUGGAGGACUCAUCGUGGAGCUCAACCGCCCGCCGAAUUUCUUCAUGGACUCUUCCGGAUCAGGUGGAUUCUUCCAGUGUGGCGAUUUUACGGAGGAACAGCAGGCUUCUCAGGUUCUAGUGCAUCACCUAGGCGGCCACCCGAAGGUGCUUAGCGGACAGCUGGCGAAGCUCGUCUCGCUGGAAUCGUUUCAGAACCGCCACAACAUCUACGAUCCGAACGCUCUUGCUGUCUCGGCCCCGGUGUCACCAAUCAACCACCGCCCAGCCUCGCAACCCAACCAUGUCGCACAUCCCCAUCUAGGCGUGUUUCAGGAUUCGCCGUUUGGUCCCGGUGGUCUUCACGCCCGUGGACACAAGCGCCAGCGCAGUCGGUCUGUUCCCGUCGCAGUGGACUUCUCACUGCUGCGCAACCCGAUGCCUUCUUUCCUUAUCCACCCGGAGCCGUCACCAUACACUCCGAACCCUGAAAUUUUUGCGCCCAUCCCACAGAGCGCGUCCGGUCCUAUUGGCCCUAACCUUAGCAUUGACACUUCGGCCGGCUAUGGUAUGGAUUACCGCCAAUACCCCAUGUCGGCGACAACCGCCAAUUCACCUUCUGAGUAUGGCACACCGGCCUUCUUCACAUCUGGCCCGCCCACAGAUGGCGUGCCUGCUUCAAACUUCGGCCCGCAGUACAAUAUUCCUCCGUACAUCCACACGCCCAUGGGACCUCCGCCUCACUCCGCCGCAGCAACAUCGCCCAUGCCGUCGAUGAGUCAUCCCGAUCCAAUCAUUGCGAACCAAUCCCCGCCGCUAUCUUCCUUUGGCCGAGAUGGCUCUGCGGAUGUGUAUCCCAUGUCACAUGAGCACGGAAUGUCGGAGGAAGCGCUACAGAUGACCGAUAUGUACGCGAAGCAAACCCUCAACCUACCAUUCCGAUCCCCGUUGGAAGAGAACGCCGACGACUUGGACAUGCAGAACCUGGUGUCUUUCGGCACGAUAGACCCAUCGAGCUUAUCACCUGAGAAUCAUCAGAUGUAGCGACGGCCUUGGUUUUGACAUGUUCCUUGUCUUCCGGUUUUCUCAUUCUAAUACCCAGCCGCUGUCCUUGCCCGGCGAACGAGCCUUGGUGCGCAAAGGAUGGCCUCGAAAGAGGUUCGAACUUUAGCUGCCCUCACGCUCAUAUGCCUUACAAUACAUAAUUAGCUCGCCUCCAUGCUACAUACUCGGCUCAAAAUGCUCGAAAUACUGCAUACAGCAUUCGGAAUUUUUUU